AUGAGGAUACCACCAUCAGUCCUCAAGGGUUGUAAUGAAUCCUUCACUGCAGCUGAUGAGAGACAUCAGAAAGCAAGUACCCAAUUCUUUUCAGAUACUGGAGUUAUGGCCCUACUCUGUCAUCAUGAUCAUGUUAUUCACCUUGCCAACAUGACUUCAGCAGGGGAGAAGCAACACUAUGCACUUGCCCUUAUCAAAUCAUUAUUCAGUCACCUCCCUGAUGAUGUUCACAUUGGGCUGUUAUAUGACAUAGGCUGUCAGCUUGAACAGAGCUGCAGAAAGUGGGGCUACCUUGGGCCAUUUCUGCCCCAAAUUUCUUUUGCUAUAUCAGUCUUUCAUGCCUUUGGUCAUCAAUGGGCUUGCCAGCUCAUCUAUCACCCUUGGAAAUGA